AUGGCGUGGAGCAGGACAGCACACCGGCGCAGCGCCGUCAUGCCACUCUUACGCGCCGCGCUGCGCCGCUUCCUCUCCACGGAGUCUUCGGGGUUCCCGAAGCUACGGAACCUUCCGUACCGACUCCGCCGCGCCGCCGUCCCCGCUGCGCGCACCGCCGUCUCCGACUACCUCAUCUCAACGCGCUGCCUCCCCUCCUCCCACGCCGACUCAAUCACUGCGCUUGCGCCGUGCUCCCUCCACACCUUCCUCGCCGGCAUCCCAGCCGUGCCCAGUACGCUCCCCUCCUCCGACCUCCCCUCCCUCCUCCGCCGCCACCUCUCCUACCAUCCGCUCAACGAGCUUCCCUUCUUCCUCGAGUCCAUCGGCUUGCCCCCUUCCACCGAUUCCGAUCUCAUGUUCCUCACCGACCAUCCGUCCCUCCUCCCCACCGUUGCCGCGCUCGCGCAUUUCGGCUUCCCGUGGUCCCGUCUUGGCCUGCUAUUCCCCAAUGUCCUCCUCCAAGUCCCUUCCGACCUCAUCUCCGCCCGCCUUGUCGCCCUCGAGGAAAGCCUCCGUCCGCUGCCGCGUGCUGCGAUUAUCGCUGCCUGCCUCUCUUUCCCCUUGCUUAUUGAGAACGAUCUCUCCAGCAGUGCCCCCCUUGUCGAUGAUCUUAUGAGGGCGUAUGGAGGAUUGGGUCCGGAUUUGGGGGCUAGCAAUGACAUUGAUGUGUUCUUGCGAGUGUGCGGCAGGAUGCAGAUGUUCUACGAUGCUGGGAUGAAGGUUGGGAGCAUCGGGGGGCUUGUUGGGUGCAAUCAGAGGGUUUUUCUUGAGCUUAAGGAGGAGCGGAUUGGUGAGAGGUUGAAAUUCUUCAAGAGGCUGGGGCUGCCAGGGGAGGAGGCAGGGAGCUUCUUACUGAGCAAUCCUGGGGUUUUGGAUCUUGAUUUUGAUGAUGUGGUGAUCUCAGUGCCAGAGUACCUGAGGAGAGUUGGGUUGGCAGAUGACGAGGUUGAUGUGGCGGUGAAGAAGCACCCGUAUGUGGUUGGGAGGAACAGAUUGGAGAACCUCCCUGGUGUGCUGCGUGCAAUGGGACUGAGUCAUCGAUUCCUGGAGAAGAUUUCUGGUGGCGGUGAGAGCUUGCGGUAUUUAUCACCAGAUUUCGUCUUGGAGGAUGCUAGUUAUGAUAUGGAGGUGGAGAGAGCAUUCUCAGACAGAAUGGUUAAGGUGAAGGUGGAGAUGAAUGCACAGCAUGUGGACACCAAGCUUGAGUUCUUGAAGAGCAUUGGGUAUGGUGAGAACAAAAAAACCGCACACAUACUUCCUGUUCUGCACAGCACUCGGGAAAUGCUGAAUGAGCGAUUUGACUACCUCCUGGAAAGAGGGGUGGAGUACAAGAUGCUGUGUCGGAUCGUGAGUGUGUUCCCAAAGGUGCUGAACCAGGGCAAGGAGAUGCUCAAUGAAAAGUUGAACUACAUGACUCUGGAUCUGGGAUACUCUUUGGAGUAUCUUGAUUGCUUCCCAGCAUUACUGUGCUUUGAUUUGGAGAACCGGGUCAAGCCUAGGUAUGCAAUGCUUCGGUGGCUCCAAAGUUAUGGUCUUUUUAAAAGACCAUUAGCGCCUGCAACUGUGCUUGCUAACUCAGAGAAGAGGUUCAUUUCCAACCUCUACAAUAUGCAUCCCGCAGCGCCGAAGCUGUGGCUUGAGUGCUUCUCUUCAAGAAUACACAUGGAAUAUUACCUCAAGAAUAUACAGUCCCAGCAUCCAGAUAAUGAAUAA